GCUCCUCGUAUCGCCGCACAAACCAAAUCCAAUCCCAACAAGGAAAAAGAAGCAACAAUGCGUCGCGAGGGACGGCAGCGCGGGUGGGUGCGAGUCUACAAUCUGGACCUGCUGAUCGACCCGGAGGCGGAGGGUGAACACAAGCAGCGGCGCGUCUCGGCGCACACGGCCGUGGCGGGGACGUCGACGGUGGCCAACGGCGGGUACGUCAGGGCGCCGCGGAAGCCCACCAACCACUCCAAGCCUUCCUGCGGCGGCAGCAUCUGCAAGGAGCUCAGCGGCAGGGGCGGCGGAUCGUCGGCGUCAGGCAAGGGCAGACGCAAGUUCUGGCACGACGAGCUCAGGACGAUCUACCUCGAGGUGCAGGCCGAUGCCGUCGACGGGCGGUUCGAUCAUCGCUACUAUGACAUGGAUUAGUUCAUCGGCGCACAUAUGCAGUGGUGGCGUGGUGUUUCUGCGAGAAGAAGAUCAGGGGUUCAGGCAAGAAGAGUUGAGGAUCAGAUCAGGCAAGAGGAGCAAAGGUUGAUGGAUGUCUAGAGUGACUUCUGUGAUGUCUGAAUCUUCGUUAACAAUAACAAUGAGGCAAUGAGACUUUCUUGUGUUAAAAAUAAUAUAAUUAAUGUACUACAUAUUUCAUCUCUUUUUUUUUUGCGCAAACUGCAUAUUUCGUCUCAAAGUUUGAAAAUUUCUGUU